AACUGAGAAAUGUAUUCCUCCGCGAUUUUUACAAAUUUUACAAACUUUUUAUUAAUUUGAUUUAAAAUAAAUUCAUUUCUAUGUACGUAUAGUUGGGUUAAAAAUAAAUUUUGCUGUUAUUAUUGAAUUUCUAUCACUUAAGUAAGUGCUCUAUUAGUUUACAUUAAGAUAUGAAAAUAAAAAUGCAACUAAGAUGCCAUUUACCUUCAAAAUGUUUUAUACUUAUAAAAUUCUAAAAUUUGAUGGUGUUGAUUUUAUAAAAUAAUUGAGGUAUUUAUACGUUAAAUAUUAAUUAGUAUAUAUACAAUGGAUUCAGAUAGUAGUGAUAUGGAUAUUGAUGAUGAAUAUGGCGAAACAAAGUUAUGUCCAGCAGCUUUAGGCUUACAACCUGUAAAUAGAAAAGAUAAUCCUAAGCCUAAUGAUUCAUCAAACUCAAUUAAAGAUAAGUUAAACAGAAGAGGUAUGCCAGCACGUAUAAGAAAAAAAAAUAAAUUAUUUUUUGAUGAAGAAGUUUUUAAUACAUCUAAAAAUCCAUCAGUAAAACAAGAACGUUUGAUGAAUCUAAAUUCACCAAAAAAAUAUACUCCUAAAAAAAUUUCUGAAUCCAAAGUUGAGAGUAAAACCCCCAAAACUCCCAAACAAGAUAAAAACCCAACUCAAAAAACGCCAACACCUAAAGUUGCUGUUAAAACAACACCCACAAUCAAACUAAAAACUCCUAAUAUUAAAACACCCAUUAAAAGUGCUACAAAAAAAAAUCUAGAGAAUGGAUUAUCUAAACAAAAAAUUAUAAAACAAGAGACUCCUAAAAAUGUAGUGUCAACUUCUAAACCAAAAUGUGACACAGUUGAUCGUAAAAGAUGCCAAAAAGUUGGACUUAAAUUACGAAAAAUUUUUCAUCUACCUAAAGCAAAAAAUUGGAUUUAUUAUGAAUGGUUUUAUAGUAAUAUUGAUAAACCUCUUUUGUAUGAAUCUGAUUUUAUGAUGUGUGUCCAAGAUUUUUUCCCUUCAUUCAAAAUUAAAACUAUGACUAGAAGGGAAUGGUGUAUGUUAAGGCGAAUGAUGGGUAAGCCUCGAAGAUGUUCUCAAAAUUUUUUUGAUGAGGAAAUUCGUGAAUUAGAUAGAAGAAGAAAAAAAAUCAGACUAUUACAACAAAGAAAAGCUAGAGAUGAGUUAUUGUUCAAAGAUAUACCGGAUGAAAUACCUUUACAGCUAACUGUGGGUACUAAAGUUACAGCUAUGUUACGUAGUAAUGCUGAAGAUGGUCUAUACAAUGGUACUAUUGAAGCUUUAGAUGUUUCUAAUAAUACUUAUAGAAUACAUUUUGAUAAACCUGGUUUAGGCACACAUUCAGUUCCAGAUUAUGAGGUUUGUUCAAAUCAGCCACCAGAAACAAUUUCUAAAAAUUUGUUAUUUCAAAUGUGUAGACCAAGAAUGCCAUAUCGUUCUAUAUCACCUGAAACUAAUAUAGAAUCUAUAAAAACAGACAAGAAUAUUGUACCUAAUUAUUCAAUGAAACUUUUAGAAUCAACUGUAAAAUUUAGAAAAAUUUUAACCGCUAAGAAACAGUAUGUACAAACAUUACGUAAUUUAAAUUCAGAAGCAGAGAGAAUGACUUUAUAUAAUGAAGAAAUAACACAGGAUUUUCAAAGUCGUUAUGCAAAAAUUGUUUUAGAUUUAGAUAAUUUAAAUUUGCAUUUAACUUCAGUAAUGUGUGUUCUAAGUGAAGAAAUUAAAGUAUUAGCCCCCGAAGAAGCUGAAACAUGGCCAUUAAUUACAGAUUAUUUGCAAAAUCAAUCUUUUGAUGAAGCUGAACAAAUGAUAGAGCAUAAUAAAGAAGUAACAGAGUCACACUUUGUAUCAGAGGAUCAGCCAAUGUUAGCACUAAUUAAAGAUUUAUUAGCACUCAUGCUUCAAGUAAAAACAUUAACUGAAAAUGAACCUACUGCUUAUGAAUUAGAUGCUUUAAAAAGAACUAUGGUUGAGAUAAAACUUAAACUUAGUCAGUCUAAUCAAAAGUCAUUUGAAAACUGUGUAGAAAUUCAUAUGCAACAAAUUCAGUCUAGCUUAGAUACAUAUCACACUUUAUCUUCUGCCACUAAAAAGUAAUUAUUGUUACUUUUUGUUUAAGAGAAGUAUGAGCAAAUAAAUAAACAUUGAUGAAAUAUAUAUAUAUAUAUAUAUGUUAAUUUAUAGUAACAUUACUUUAAAGAUACUAAAAAGUUCACACUUGAAUUGAAUUCAAUUAAAACUACUUAUAGUGAUUGAUUUCACAAUGAUAAUAUUUAAUUUUACUGCAAACAACCAUAAUUAGCUAGCAUCAUUAUUCUAAUAACAGUGUGAUAUUAUUAUACAUAGAUUUAAUUUAAGGUAAUUCUGUUAUUUUUAUAAAUCCCUUAAAAAAAAAAUGAAUACUAGUUAUAAUUUAUCAUCAAUGUUUAUUAUUUGUUUAAGUAAUAUUAUUGACUUUUGUCGUUAUACUAUUGUAUUAGAAAUAUC